AUGCUGGCGAAGGACAAUACGUCAUUGUGCCGGCGGUGCUUCUAUUGCAAGCGUGGAAGCUGUGACAACAUGAGCGUCUCAGAACUCCUUUCGAAUCUUGCCAGUUGCCCUGCCUUUGAAGACAAGUUUAUGCGCAUGCGAGCUGCAGCCACCACCUUCCAGAUCUCACACCCAGGCAAGAAGUACCGCCACGAGAAACCAGACCUGAAAGUCCUACUGGAGAAGAAGGAGGAGGACUACAUCGACGUGUCCGAGGUCCUCACAUGGUAUUCUCUGAAGCGCUUCUGUGAUGACCGGUUCAAGGACGUCCGCUUCAAGAACGAUGCUCAACGAAAGGCCUUUCUUCUGAAGAAAGGCAUUAAACUUCAACGUGAUGAGCAAGGUGUUGAUGGCGUUGCUGUCCCGAAGUCUGGUGGUGGAGGGGAUGAGAAAGAGAUCAAGGUUGGCCGCCGCUUGGCCGCCGCAAAAAUCAAGCAGCAAGAUUUUGGAGAGGCGCCUGACCGAGAUCAACUCUCUGCCAUGCAGGCAAAGAAUGCUGCCGGUCUCAGUGAGGAGUUGCAAGCGGCGCUUGGUCAGGAUGAGAUGGAUGACAAUGCCGGUGACUCCGAGGAUGAGGAUGCUGCCAGCUCUGCUUCGAGUGCCUUUGGCUUGGGUCUUGAGAAGGCAGCCCCGAAGCGGCGCUUUCCAAAGAAAGCGACUCCUACCCCUCAGGAUGUCAAGGCGUCUCAGGUUCAUGGAGCUCCCAACGGUCCGAACUCGAAUGAGAAGAAGAAGGACCCCAAAGUCCAGUCUGCUUUGAAUGCUGCUGAUCGAGCCCUCAAGUCUUUGCAGCAGGUUGAUGCGCUAGCUCUUUGGAAGGGCACCCUGAAAGAGUCUGAAAUUCGGGCCCGUGUGUUCAAGGCGUCCUCAUCCAUCGUGGAGCUGGAGCAGAUAGAAUCAUGCCUCACAGAUUCAAAGCCCAAGAGUGAGAUCAGGUCGGUCGUGGACACAUUGAACCCGCUGGUUUCUCAAGUACCAGUGCUUCAGGAUGCCUUUGCAAAGCUUCGUGCCAACACCAAGAGUUUGAUGGAGUCCUUGGCUGACAAAACCUUCCAGAAAGACUUGGAGGAGGCCUUGAAGUCCAACUUGAUGAAUGCGGAGACGUUGUCUGGGAUUUUGCUGCACUUGGGGCAGAAGACCAUGGAGGCUUGA